AUGACGGAUGCUACAGCAGGAGGAGAAGCCGGCCAACCCGCCCAGUCACCGUCGCCCCCGCCCCCGCCGGAACACCGCUCGCAGUCAGGAUCAGGUGGACAGCAGACGCCUCAAGAUUUGCAAGCCGAGAACGUGGUCGAGCCCGACACGGAGGACGACGGCGCGUCUUCGCGGGCGGGGGACGGGGUGUGGGACGAAGGGUUUGACGGCAGCAGCAUCGGCAACCACUCGGCGUCGACGUCGCUGUCCAACAGCGUGCGCGACUAUGUCUUUGAGAACACGCGGCGGUAUCACAAGUACAAGGAGGGUCGGUAUCUGAUGCCUAACGACGAGCCGGAGCAGGAGCGCGAGGACAUGAAGCACGCCAUGUGCGUCAAUGUCAUGGAUGGGAGGCUGCAUUGCGCGCCGUUGGAGAACCCGCAGAAGAUUAUUGAUAUCGGAACGGGGACGGGGAUCUGGGCUAUCGAUAUGGGUGACGAGUACCCAGAAGCAGAUAUAUCCGGCAUCGACCUGAGCCCCAUCCAGCCAACUUGGGUGCCCCCCAACGUCCGCUUCGUCGUCGACGACGCAGAGGCCGACUGGGUCUGGCCGCCAGCCUCCCUCGACUUCGUUCAUGCGCGCCACAUGUGCAUGGCCGUCAAGAACUGGCCGCGCAUGCUCUCCCAGGCCCACGACGCGCUGCGACCAGGCGGCUGGAUCGAGCUGCAGGAGCUGCGGUUCGUCCUGCAGUGCGACGACGGGACGAUGCCGGGACCUGAGCAGUACGGGUACGGCAAGUUUGUAGACCUGUGCAUGUCCGGGUUUCGGAGCUUCGGCAUCAACCCGCUGGCGAUGGAGAGCAACGCGGAGAUGCUCCGUGCGAGCGGGUUCGACGAUGUCGUGGAGAAGGUGUGGAAGGUGCCUAUUGGGACGUGGCCGCGGGACCAGAAGCUCAAGACGAUUGGGUUGUAUAACCGCAGCAUGCUCAUCGACGCGCUGCAGGCUGUGAGUAUGGCGCCGUUGACGAGGGGGCUCAAGUGGAGUGCGUCCGAGGUGGAGGUGUUCCUGAUCGACGUGCGCAAGAGUUUGAUGAAUGCGUCGAUACACUCGUAUCUGACCUUCCAUGUGGUGUAUGGGCAGAAGCCUCACAAGAGCUAG